ACCAUAAUUUUGCUAAUAGCAUGAUCCGAUAGAGAAUGUUUCCUAUCAGACUUUGGCAAACAAGCGCGCAGCGGUUGUUACCAAAAAUUUCAUGUUAUUUCACAUUCAACCAUGGUUAUUCGUCUUCCAAAAUUUUAGUUCAAAGUAAUUUCGGGAAAUCUACUUAUCAAACAGUAUGGUCACCUUCGCCUAGCAAAAUUGGUUGGAUGUUAUUCUCCGAGGGUCACGCUGCAAAUAACAACCAUAUUCCUGAAGAGAUAUCUCUACAGCACUAUGAAAAAAUUUGUGAAGAAACUCUUGAGAAUUUGUGUGAAACACUAGACCAAUUGCUUGAAGAAAAGUACCCCAAUAAGUUUGAUGUUUCCCUUGCGAAUGGGGUACUCACAGUUCAGCUUGAACAGCAUGGCACAUAUGUCAUUAAUAAGCAAACCCCUAACCGUCAAAUUUGGUUAUCAAGUCCUACCUCAGGUCCCAAACGGUACGACUGUUUAAAUGGUCAUUGGAUAUACUCACAUGACAAGACCACUCUUGAUGAUUUACUGAACAGGGAGUUCAGUGAUAUUCUAAAACAAAGUGUAAAAAUUGUAUCACUUUUUUAGUAAGAUUCCUGAGCAGUUUAUUAAAUUUCAUCAUUUUAUUACCUAAAUCACAUAUGUAACUGAUUUGGCACAAAUUCUAAAAAUCAUGUUAAUAAAAGAAUCACACUUAGUUGAAA